AUGAGCUCCGGUUCGCAGGGCCCUGCAGAGGGCCAGGCGUCGACCGCUGUUCCGGCGAUCGAGAGUCUGUCCCUUCAUUCUACCACCGAACAGUCCAAGUUCCCUAACUGCUUCCCGUCCUUGAACCCUGUCGACAUUUAUCGAGAGCAUAUCGCCGAGAACUUAGGUCAGGCGACGGGAAUUGACCCGCUGAAGAUCUAUCAGAGGUUGGCAUGGACGAGUACCUUGGACAAGGGCGACCUUGUGCUUCCGGUUCCGGCACUACAAAUCAAGGAUAAGAAGCCGGAAGUCCUAUGCGCUGAGCUGGCCGAGAAAUUCCCCCCGUCUGACCUUAUUUACCCUCCGACGCCGGCUGGGUCCCACCUGCAGUUCUUCUUCAAACCACAGCCCCUGACGCAGACCGUCUUGGGCCGGAUUCUGAAGGAGAAGACGACCUAUGGUACCAACGGAAACAUGGGUCUGCGUGACCCGUCUGAUCCGUCGAAGGGGAAGAAGCGGAUCAUUAUCGAGUUCUCGUCUCCCAAUAUUGCGAAGCCCUUCCAUGCUGGCCACCUGCGCAGCACUAUCAUCGGAGGUUUCCUCGCCAACUUGUACACGAUUACCGGAUGGGAGGUGAUCAGGAUGAACUACCUCGGAGAUUGGGGAAAGCAGUAUGGGCUGCUGGCAAAUGGAUAUAAGAAAUAUGGCAACGAAGCCGAACUCACCAAGGAUCCUAUCAACCACCUGUUCGACGUCUACGUGAAGAUCAACAAUGAUGUCGCCAACCAGGAGGGUCCGAUCAAGGAGCUUAGGGAGCAGAUCAAGGUCAAGAAGGAGAAGAACGAAGACGUGACGGAGCUCGAAAAUCAGCUACAGAAGCUCAUUGACGAGAGCGAGGACGAGAAGGCCCGUCGGUACUUCAAGAGCAUGGAAGACGGCGACCCGGAGGCUCUUGCGCUCUGGAAGCGAUUCCGUGAUCUUAGUAUUGAAAAGUACAAGCAGACGUACGCUCGUCUCAACAUCGACUUCGAUGUCUACUCCGGUGAGUCUCAGAUCAAGCCUGAGAGCUUGAAGGCGGCGUAUGAGGCUAUGGAGAAGGCCGGCGUGUCAGAGCGCUCCGAGGGAGCGGUGAUUGUCGAUUUCACCAAGCAUGGAGCGAAGAAGCUCGGAAAGGCGAUCAUUGUUCGCAAGGAUGGCACGCCUCUGUACCUCACCCGUGAUAUCGGUGCCAUCUUGGAACGUGACCAGGAAUACCACUUCGACAAGAUGAUCUAUGUUGUCGCGGCGCAGCAGGAUCUGCACUUGGCGCAGCUCUUCAAGGUUACGGAGCUGAUGGGUUACAAGGACCUCGCGGCUCGUUGCCAGCACGUCAACUUUGGCAUGGUGCGAGGCAUGAGCACGCGGAAAGGGACUGUGAAGUUCUUGGACGACAUCUUGAGAGAUGUCGGUGACAAGAUGCAUGAAGUCAUGAAGAAGAACACGGCCAAGUACGAGCAGGUCGAAGACCCUUACAAGACGGCCGAUAUUCUGGGUAUUACUGCGGUCAUGGUACAGGAUAUGACUGGAAAGCGGGUGAAUGGCUACGACUUCAACCUUGAAGCCAUGACGUCGUUCGAAGGCGACACGGGUCCUUACCUGCAGUACGCACACGCCCGUCUGUGCUCGAUGACGCGCAAGUCGGGUCUGAAACGGGAGGACCUGGAGAGUGCCGAUCUGAGCCUCUUGACGGAGGAGCACGCGACAGAUCUUGUGCGUCUGCUGGCGCAGUGGCCAGAUGUGGUGUUGAACACGUACAAGACGCUGGAGCCGACGACGGUGUUGACGUACCUGUUCCGGAUGACGCACAUCCUGAGCUCGGGCUACGACGUGCUGAAGGUCAUCGGCAGCGAGCCGGAGGUGGCCAAGGCGCGCAUGGCGCUGUACGAGUCGGCCAGGCAGGUCCUGUAUAACGGCAUGAGGCUGCUUGGUCUCAGCCCGGUUGAUCGGUAG